AUGGCCUCUCCCAAGAUCAUCCUGUACACCAGCCGCCUCUGCCCCUGGGCCCACCGCGCGCACAUCGCGCUCAAGGAGUCAGGCCUCGACUAUGAGGAAGUUUCAAUCGACUUGAACACGCCGCGCGAGCCGUGGUACCUAGAGAUCAACCCUCGCGGUCUCGUCCCUAGCAUCUCCUAUAACGGAGAAAUCAUCACCGAAUCCGGUAUCGUCGCCCAAUUCCUCGCAGACGCACACCCAACCCAUCUCCUGCCAGCCUCAACAACAGUCGAAUCCGCUCUCUACCGCGCACGCCUAGCCUUCUUCGUCGAUGCCUUCUUCAGCAAGGUCGUACCGCAUCUCUUCGCCAGUAUUCGCGCCGCCAGUGAGGCCGAGCGUGAUGCUGCCGCUGAGCAGCUGGCUGCCGCUGUUGUGAAGGAGAUUGAACCCUUGCUGGAAGGAGCGGAGCGUGGACCGUUCUUCGGUGGUAGUGAGAAGUUGACCCUAGCCGAGGUUCAAUCGGGUUCUUUCUUGCUUCGAAUUCGGUCUUGGGCGAAGCCCGAACAUGGCCUUGUUUCUGCCAAGUUGCCUGCUUUGCUGGAGCAGGCUCCGCGCUUCAAUCGCUGGGUGGAGGCUACCAUUUCGCAUGAGAGUGUUAACUCCAUUUAUGAUGAGAAGGCUGUUGCUGAUAAGAUGAGGGCCAAGUUUGCGCCGAAGGUUUAG